AUGAACUGGUGUGAGUACUGUAGAAGCAGAGCUGCCAUAGGACCCAGCUAUCCCACUCCUGGGCAUAGGUCCAUAGGAGUCAAUAUCAUAACAAAAAGAUACCUGUAUAUCCAUGACUACCGCUGCAUCAUUCGCAAUAGCAAAGAAGGGGAUGGGUCUAGGUGUACACCAACAAAUGAAGAUAGCGCUCCAGUGUCUGUACUGAUGGGUACAAAGGCUCUGCUGUGCUGCCCUCCUAUUUCAUGGACAAAGCCAGUAGUAUUAAUAACGUGGAAAAUAACCCUCAGAGGCCAGCCUCCCUGCAAAAUAUUCUACAAUGUAGAAACAAAGGAGAUUGGUGAAGUCAACUGUACGGACAGGAGAAUCACCUGGGCCUUCACACCUGACCAGAGUCCUGACCUUCAGAUCAAUACAGUGGCCCUCAGUCAUGAGGGGCAUUAUUUAUGUCAGAUGGCAUCACCUGAAGGGCAUUUCAAACAGAUACAUGACCUCCAAGUUCUAGUCCCCCCUGAAGUAACCCUGAUUCCAGGGGAAAAGAGAGCUGCAGUUUGUGAGGCCAUUGCAGGCAAGCCUGCUGCUCAGAUCUCUUGGACCCCAGAUGGGUAUCAUGUGACUAAGAAUGAAUCACACAGCAAUGGCACUGUGACUGUGAGGAGCACAUACCAUGGGGAGCACAGCAAUGUGUCUGCUGUGUUCUGCUUUGUCUCCCAUCCGACUGGCAACCAGACUCUGUCCAUAGAACUGAAUCAAGGUGUCACCAGCCCUCUGCAUUCCUUGCUGACCAUUCUCUAUGCAAAACUUUCCCUUUUGGGGAUUAUUCUGCUCAUCCUAGGAUUUGCUUUCUUGCAGAAGAGAAAUUAUUUCAGGGAAUAUGGAAGGCCUAGCCUGCUGGAGGAUGAGAAUAGAACACAACUGAUCCAUGGUAGUCAAGACUUUCAUCUCUCUGUGGAGGCCAUCUCAAGGAAGCAGGAGUCAGCUUUCCCUCAGACACUUGAGCAAGCUCAAUCAGCAUUAUUAGACAUGAGCCAGUGCUGA